AUGGAUGAAAUGCAAGCCAUUCGUUAUCUGGAAUCGUUGAUCGGACAAACACUACGGGUGCACACUACAGACACGCGUAUGUUUGUAGGCACUUUCAAAUGUACAGAUGCGGAAAGGAACAUUAUCCUCGCGGGCACGUACGAAUAUCGCUUUCCCUCCCCAUCAGCCAUCAGGAAUGCUACGGCAAACACCAAUGACGAACAGGUCGAAGCGAACCCUGAGCCGAAAAAUGUCACAGUGGAUAUGACCAGUCGAUUUAUCGGUCUUGUCGUCGUUCCCGGGCAGCAUAUCACGAAAAUUGAACUCGAGGAAACGCCUCAACAGAGCCAUCUACGAGACACAUUGCGGAAGUCAUAG